AAUAUCAGUAGAGGGUUCUCCUUUUCUUGCACUGUAAGCAACAGAGAUAUGAAGGUUCAAUUGAAAUUUAUCUGCCUUCUGGGACUGGUGGCCAUUUGGGGACUGGAAAGGGUUGAUGCUGCAGGGGAAUGCGGAAAAACUUCUGCGGAUGAGGUGGAAAUGAAGUUGGCUUCUUGCGCAGAGGCUGCACAGGAUGAGAACGCUGCAGUCCCUGCUAGCUGUUGCACACAAGUGAAGAGUGUAGGACAGAACCCAAGCUGCCUGUGCGCUAUUGUGCUUUCCGACACUGCUAAAGCAUCAGGAAUCAAGCCUGAGGUCGCCCUGACUAUCCCUAAGCGCUGCAACAUUGCUAACCGUCCGGUGGGGUACAAAUGUGGACCAUAUACGCUUCCCUGAAGAGGAAACUGUGGACUCAUGAUAUGAAAAAUGCCAGUAACAACAUCACUAGUUGUAUUAGUUACUCCGAUUAAGCUAGCUUUACCUUAAAAUAAAUGCUAGCAUCUUUGCAUGUAUGUUUUUAUCAUGAAUAAAAUGUUUUCUACUCUGUGAUGGGGUCUAAAUUCCCCUCUUAAUCUAAGAAAUUCGACAUCCAAACGCUUCUAAACCCAGAUUAGUGGAAUAUGUAUAUCUUACAAAAGCUAACAUGAAAUCCAGAUUGGGACAAGCAUUCAUCCUGUAACAUUAAGAAUCACAAUCCAACUUAGGAAGGAAGAAACGUUAACUGCAGAAUGUUUGUUAUCUUUAACUACCAACGUCCAUUGUAAAGCUAGCAUCGCUCUACCAGUUUGAGGAUAAAGACUACUUUAAUCUGUCGGUUGCGAUUUGGGAUAAGAAAAUGACAGUUAGGAGGGAAAAACUAUAAGAUAAUUGUGCCUUUCUGGGCCACACCCAUUGAAACUUUCAUGGUGCGUGUCACCUGUUCCUGAGGAAAUAUGAACAUUGAGAUAGGAUGGAAUUAGUAUGUAUCAGAUUCAGUGGUAGUAGCAUCAAUCAUCCAAAGCAAGAAAAAGAACAAGUGAUUUUGCAAAUGGGGAUAUGGAAUAUGGAAAGUAAAGAAGAAAAUAGCCGCAUGGUCAACCUUUUACUACUGUGGCCCUCCACUAAGAUUCAGAUAAGAGAGAUUGAGAUCAGGAGAAGAAUCUAUGAUCUAUCCACGAGAUGAAUAUCAACCAACAAACGGAUAGAACUGAAUAAAACACAGAAGUUUCC